AAAACCACAAACUUUUAGCUUGGGCUCCCUGUGCUCUAAAAUCCAAGAUGGCGGUCGCACGCAAAUUUAUCGACAAGAAAGUUCUUCACAAUUACAUCCGCAGUACCGAUGCUCAUAAUAAGUUUUUUACUCUACAAAAGAUCAGAGAAGAACAAGAUAUGUGGCGUCUUCGACAAGCACAGAACACACAAAAGAGUGAUUGUCUUGCAUCAUUAGCAGCAACUAGCAAAAGAAGAGGAAGGUUGCACAGUGAUGAACCUUCAGAUUCUGGUGAGAGGAACACAUACUGGAUGAAGCAGUUAACUGAAUUUGAAAGCUCCUGUACUGAUAGAUGGGGUCACAGUGGCUACAAAGAGCUUUACCCUGAGGAGUUUGCCUCAGGUUUUACUGACUCUGAUGAUGACUCUGAAGAUGAGAAGAAAAAGAAAAAGAAGACUUCAAAGAAACGGUAACUUACACUGGUGAAUUAAAGAUUAAACUGGGUUUAGUAUGAGGUUUGAUAAUGUAAUAUCAUAC